UUUCAGCUAACUUUUAAGCGUCAAGUUUCACGUGCUUGAAUUUGUUUGUUUUGUUUUGAAAUCUGUUGCUUUACUAACCAGAAUGAUGCAGUUCACGACAUGGGAUGAUUAUUACAUGGCAAAUGCUUUCCUUGCCGCAUUGAGAAGCAAGGAUCCAGUUACGAAAGUCGGUGCUUGCAUUGUGAACGAUGAGAAGAAAAUUGUGGGAAUCGGGUACAAUGGAUUCCCCAUCGGAUGCAGCGACGACGUGUUUCCGUGGACCAAAGACACUGCCGAUCCACUAAACAGUAAAUACUUGUACGUGUGCCAUGCCGAAGUGAAUGCGAUUAUGAACAAAAACAGUGCCGAUACAAUGGGAUGUGAUCUGUACGUGGCUCUGUUUCCAUGCAAUGGCUGCUCGAAAAUGAUCAUCCAAUCUCGAAUCAAAAAAGUUAUUUAUUUUUCCGACAAAUACGCUGAUAAGCCGACAACGAUUGCUUCAAAAAAAUUGCUAGACGCGGCAGGAGUAGAGUACGUGAAAUUCACUUCAUCAACACUGAAUGGCCGCAUUGAGUUGAAUUUUCGGGAUAUUAACAAUAUUGGCCAAUUGAAUCUGAACGAACAGCAGGCUUCAAGAGACUACUUAUGUUGGUCGGAUUAUUUCAUGUCGGUGGCUGUAUUGGCGUCUUACCGGAGCAAAGUAGCUGGCAAUCAGAUGGGCGCUUGUAUAGUUAACUCCGAUAAUAAAAUCGUUGGCACCGGCUAUUACGGUUUACCGAUAGGUUGCAGCUAUGAUCAUUUCAGUUAUUCCACUGCCGCAGAUCGCGAUCUCUACUUCUGUCAUGCCGAAAUGAAUGCCAUCGCGAAUAAAAACUGUGAAAGCGUCCGGAACUGCACCAUUUACGUUCUGCAGUUUCCGUGUUGCGAGUGCGCCAAGAUUCUCAUUCAGUCUGGAAUCAAGACAAUUUACUUUUUGAACGAAGAGACUUUUGAGUCUACGGAUGCGAGGGCUGCCUGCCGAAUGUUUGACGCUGUGGAUAUAAAGUACACGAGACUUGACAUGGUUACAAGUAAAAUUGUAAUUGACUUUGACGCAAUUAAUAAAUGAAAGCAAAAUGACGUGGCUC